GAAAGGUUUUCUUUUUUGCUGAAUCUUUGAUGACAGAGUCAACGCACUUUUCUACCAACGCUUUUUGUUUUGAUUUCCGCUGUUUUGGGAUUAAGUCUAAACGCAUAAUCAUGGUUGUUCUAUCACUCCGCAACCUGAUCCUGUCAGUAUCCCUGGCUAUGUUCGCUACUCUGACACCAUUUUCUAAUGCUGCACCUACGCCUCCAAUACCUCAAGUGGAUGCCUGUGGGGUGCUUGGUUCUAAGAACAGCUCAUCAAUCACUUACGACGAUGUCUCUGCUUGUUAUAAAGCCAUUCCAUAUGAUCCAGUGGUGGCAAGUGCGACCUUGAAGACACUUCAUGCCUUCUUCAAUGAUUACUAUGUCUUCCGUGAUUCAGCAUUGACCCCAGAUCUGAAGGCACCCUUCUCCUGCCCCCCUGUGGACAUUGCCAAGGAGUUUGAGCGGAUUGGACAGACAAAGUACACUAGUGACUACAGCUUUCACUCAGAUGUCUCUAGGGCUAUUAAUGGACUCUAUGAUGCCCACGCUAGUUAUAACAUUGACUGUUACACUGCAUACGCAUUUGGACAACCUUUUGCACUCUAUGCCCCUGUGGUUCAAGGGAGACAGUCCAUUCGUAUUUACCGAGACUUUACCAGACGUGGCUACGAUGACUGUGAGGUGGUCACGAUCGAUGGUGAGGAUGCAUUGACGCACCUCAUCAAAUUUGCCGAUACCCUCAACUUCUCCAAAGACCGCGGUGUCCGUUUAAAUCAAGCUCUUGCUAGUGAGACCUUUGACGAGAAGAGGGGUGUAUUCACCACCUCCUCAGGCCAAUAUUCCGAACGCCUUGAUCUACCUGAUAAGGCACGAGUUAAUUACGAACUCAAGUGCACUAACAAUCCUACUUCGAUUCGUCUAAGUGAAGAGUGGAGAGUCUUUGCUCUGAAUGAGGCUCAGUUUACAGACGUAAAAAGCUAUGUUACCAGCGUCUGUUUGCCCCUUACUCAGAGACACCAGGACCUCCCUUCAACAAAACAUCUUCAGAGACGUGAACUCGAGACUGUGCGCGAACAUGAGGUCCGUAAGAGACAAUUAUAUCCAGUUCCCAAGAAGAGUAUAUUCCUCGAUGCUGUCCCCUCUGCUCCUUCAGAAGAUCCUACAGGAGGAGAUACCGAUCUGCCUACGGCUCAACAAUUGGUGGCUGGUAAUGGCACAGUAUUCUACCAACUCCAGAGCCAGCCCGAUGUCGGCGUCAUCGUCGUCCACACACAUGGAGUUGAAAGCGAAGGAGAGUUGCAAGUGGCUGCUGAUGGCUUGGCGGCGUUUCACGCUCGCAAUAUCACGAAGAUUCUAUUUGAUUUCCAGGGCAACGGUGGCGGUUCUGUAAACUUUGCUUCAUUCCUUGUUCAGUUAAUCUUCCCUAACCGGGGCGACCUUGACAAGUCUCUCCGGUCAGAUUUGAGGAUCACCCCCUCGAUUCAAGAUUUAAGCGCCGCUGUCUUCAACGCCUCAGAAGGACAUCUCUAUAAUGCUGGCAUCUACCUUGGCCUUACGACUCAAGCUCCUUACCAGAACAACGAUCUCUUCCUUCACCCGGUAACUUUGACACGCAAUGGACGCCCGGCUCUUUAUUCGAACUCCACCACCUUAGAUCCCGUAACUCUAGGUGGGGGCGACAUGGCAGGCUAUCCUUGGACUAAUAACCCUGCUAACGUUCGAUUUUUGACCGAUGGUCGCUGCGGGUCUGCUUGUGCACUCUCAGCCCAUUCAUUGCACAAGCUCUACAACGUUACUUCGUAUGGCGUUGGUGGUGUAAGUGGUGAGGGUCUGUCUAUGUUCUCGUUCGCUGGAGGCGCAGUCAGCUCCUUGAACGAUGUCAAUAAGGUUUAUGCGUUCGGCAAGGUGACUAGUCCUCUUGAGCCUUUGCCAUAUAAAGGCGAUGUCAACUUGCCUAUUUUGGAGGUAUAUGCCAAUGGCAGCGACAUCCCUCUCGAGUAUGAUGCUGACCAGCACCCUGUCAAUUACCGCCUCGCAUUUGACCCCGUCAAUGCUAGAAAGCGUAAUGUCAUGUGGGCACAGGUUACUGCUCAUGCCUGGGGUCAAAAGAGUGCCUAA